AAGUACAACGUAGAAAUCGGGAAGCAGUCAAUCAGGGAGACAUUUUUAAAAGACCACCAUGAAAAAACAACAAAACAGACACCUAAAUCUGUUUUUUUUUUUUUAAUCCAUCUUUUCACACUGAGGGACUCAUAUGCAAAUAUUACAGAAGGUUCAAACACUCACAGAUGCUCCAGAAGGAAACAUGAUGCAUUAAGAGCCGGGAGGUGAAAACGUUUUGAGUUUGAAGAUGAAGUUUACACCCCUGGCUCUUAAUGCAUCACGUUUCCUUCUGGAGCAUCAGUGAGCGUUUGAACCGUCUGUAAUAGUAAAAGAGUCCCUCAGUUGUCCUCAGUGUGAAAAGGUGGAUCUCAAAACCAUACAGUCAUUGUUGGAAAAGGUUCAAAUACACAAAAAAGCUGAAAAACAAAGAAUUUGUGGGACCUGAAGGAUUUUUCUGAAGAACAGCAGGCAGUUGAACUGUUCAGGACCAACAAGGGACUCAUGAACAACUAUCACUAAACAAAAAAACACAGCUGUGGAUCAUUCAGAGAAACACAUGGCUGUAAUACAGUGAAUAUGGAGGUUCCUUCCUACCUGUCCCGGCUCUUGUCCGAGCUGAACGAACAGCGUAAGAGGGACUUCUUCUGUGACUGCAGCAUCAUAGUAGAAGGACGUGUAUUUAAAGCACAUCGUAACAUUCUCUUUGCCAGCAGUGGUUAUUUUCGGGCACUGCUGGUGCAUUAUCUCCAGGACAAUGGCCAGCGACACAGCACAGCCUCUCUGGACAUCGUCACAGCCGAGGCGUUCUCCUUCAUCCUAGACUUUCUAUAUUCAGGUCGCCUGGACCUGCGCAGCGACAAUGUCAUUGAAAUAAUGUCAGCUGCGAGCUACCUGCAGAUGACCGACGUGGUGAACUUUUGCAAGGGCUACAUCAAAUCAUCCCUGGAGAUCUGUAACAGGGAGAGGGAGAGACACAAAGACUUGGAUAAUAGCGAAAACCCAGUUUCAGCCACCAGCGCUCCUGCGGCAUCCACUUCAGAUGCCGACCGAAGGACCUGUCAGGUCACCGAGGCUCUCAGCCCUGAUGACGCCCCAACGGCUGCUGUCUGCACGCCAGUGGCCACCAGUAGCAAAGACUCCGAAGGCGAAAACUCCCAAGGAGCCUUUCCCAACCAUCCUCCCAUGAAUGCUCCACUGAAGAUCAGUCCAGGCCCAGAUUUGGUAAACUCAUCCACCCCAGGUUUGCUUCUAGGUUUGGUGCAUCCCAAAAUAGAGUAUGACCCUGAUGAGGAGGGCGAAUCUUCACGGGAAUCCAAAGACACGACUCUCUAUCAAGUGCCAAAUCAGGAUGAGGAGAGAACUGUUAACAAUAGCCCGGCUCCAAGCACUGAACACUCCGUAUCGUUUGCUAACUGCCCGAUGAAGCAGUUUCCAGACGUGCUGUUCAGAGCUGGGAUGAAUCCUAACCGCGAUGAACACUUUUCCCAGAGUUUGGGGUACGUUGGUGGAUUUGGUCGUGGCGAUGACGUGCUCGGUCCUGCAGGGCACUGUGGGAUGGAGAUUCAGAAUGACUGGUAUGGGGAUGAUCCAGGGAGGCUGCACAAAUGUCCGUUCUGCCCAUACACGGCCAAACAGAAAGGCAUUUUGAAGAGGCACAUCCGCUGCCACACAGGAGAAAGGCCUUAUCCUUGUGAGGUCUGCGGCAAGCGUUUCACACGACAAGAACAUCUUCGCACUCAUGCAAUUUCUGUCCAUCGCUCCACCUGGCCCAUUGUGUGCAAAGGCUGUCGUCGAGUGUUCUCAGGCAUUGUGUCCCAAGGAAUGAAGCGAUUUGGACUUUGCGAUGGCUGCACCUUUGUAACUACAACCAAUGAGGAUCCCUCCUCCAUGAACCUCAGCAUCCAGUCUGAAUCUAUGGAGAGAGGCACUAGAGACUCUGACUGGCCCGUGUUCAUGGUGGAAGGAGAUGAAGCGGAGCCGAGCGCUAGUACUGCUGGACAGGACAAUAAGCAAAAUGUUGCAAAGCAGCUUGCAGAGAAUGGCACUCUGCUGUAGAUUAAUUAUACUUGAAUGCUUACCAAAUGAAUAACAAAGAAUAGUCGUUGGAGUGCAUAAGAGCCUGAUGGGAGGGUGUAAAACCGGUUUAGUCACUUUUUUCUCAUGUUAUUUGUGGGUUAGAAAAGAUGGUUUGCAAUCAGAAGAUUAAUUUGUAUCAGAAACACUACACAGCUGGGAAAGCUGUCAAUAAUUAUGUUUGGGUUACGUCAAAUCUGGCUAAGCACUAGCUAAUUUUGGAUUAUGAACAUAUUUUGCUGUAUGACAAUGAGGCCACAACAGAUUUUAAUGUGUUGUGGCAGUUGUGUGAAUAAAUAUUUUUAUGCUUCA